AUGUGGAAGGGCCAACAGAAGAAAUCCGACAGCCGUGGCGAACGGGUGAUGUGCCUACACGGGUAUCAGGACAACUGCGCUUCAUUCGACCAUCUGAUUCCUGUGCUGGGUGGCGACCGCACGUAUCUGUGCUUCGACUGGCCAAACCACGGUGGCUCGUCAGGCACGCCAUUGGGAGCGCGGUGGACGAUAGAAAACUAUGCACUGACCAUCAGGCGCGUUGCCGACCACGUUCAGUGGUUGUCGCCGUUUGUGUGCCUCGGUCACAGCAUGGGCGGACAGGUGGCUAAGCUGUUCGCCGCCCUCUACCCGGAACGCGUCACGAGGCUCGUGUUGCUGGACACCGCCGGACCAGUGGCCAUGUAUCCUGAGGAGAUCACGUGGAGCGCGCGCCAAGCCAACGACAAACUACUUAGAUUUGAAAACAGAAUUACGGCGUCGGCUGGUGUUGGCAGCCGUCCAUCGCCGGUUUACGCUUACCCGGAAGCCUUGGAUCGCGUUAGACGGCGCGCCUACGGGCCACUGGACGAUGAGCCCGCCAGGACGUUGAUGACGCGGUACUUGCGGCCCGGGCCCGCUGGCAAAUUCCAUCUGGCAAACGACGUGCGGUUGGGCGUACCAUACAGCCAAUGGUUUUCGGCUGCACAGCACUGCGACGUGGUCACGAACAUCAGAUGUCCCACGCUGCUGAUCAGGGCAUCAGACAGUGACUCGUACUACAACGACGUGUAUGGCGUCUUUGUGGAUAUGUACGAACGAAAUCCAAAUUUCCGUACGGUUAUGGUGGACGGCAAUCACGAUGUUCACAUGAACAAUCCGAGUGCGGUGGCGAUGUUGAUCAACAAAUUCCUUAACAACAAAUUGAGUAAAUUGUAA